UUCACUUGGUUUUUUUCUUGGGCAAAAACAUAAAGUCAUAUACGUUAAUAAAUCGAAUUACGGUCUUUUGAGGAGCACGCGUAUUAGCCUGGAGCCGAUCGGCCGGUUCGUUGCAUAUCCACGCACAGAGCUCAGAGUAUUCGACUAGGCGUACACUCCUGAAUCGACCCACUCAUCACGUACAUACAUACGUGAAAUCGGAGCAAAUAUUGGGCGCCAGCGUCAAAGAUUCAUUCGACGAGGCUUCUCGAGCAGUACACGCGUGAACGAUGUCGUGCGUGGACGACGGGUCUUAGUUCGUACAAAAAUCUCGGAAAAAUCAGACGGCCUUUUCUAAUUAAAACUACGCGCUAGGAAAUGACGGACCAGGACAACGAGAGCACGCAAUGUGCGGUCUUUGACCAGACACCCGGUUCGCAGCAAAAGAAAAUAAAUCUCGUCGUUCGCUCGCAUUAUACUGUCCAACGCGUAAUCUCGGACAUUAGCACGCAAUAUGCUUAUUCAAAGUUUGAACUUCUGUUGCAGCCCUAUGAAAACAAAGAUCUGGUUUAUCUCAAUAAAUUAGAGAAGAAGCUGCUGUACGAAGUGCCCGGCUUUGAGCGCAGUCUGAAGAACUUUUUGGUACUCCUCCCGGCCGGCACUUGGAAUGGAGAUGUGAGCAAACGGUAUGAGCUACCCAUGAAACAAGCUAUAGUCAGCGCAAAAUCAAAUGCUAAAGCAACAAGCCAAGUGUCGAGUACAGCAACAAUAAAAACACCAAGCACAGAAACUUCAACAGCAGCAGAGAGCACAGAAAGAAAAGAAAAGAAAUCGGUGGCCAAAACAAGCCCCUCUAAAGCUGCGACAGAUACAUCGGCAGUGACUUCUAAUGGCGUCACAGUGGAGAAAAAAAAGCGUGUAACGGGCGAGAAAAAGAAAAAGGCAGCCGUGUCACCGACUAAGAGCAAAGCAACUCCAGCCUCCGCUGCUACUACCGUCGUCGCCAGUGCCGUAGCUGAAGCGCCUGUUGCAGAAGAACCACCAACAAGUGUAGCUCCAACUGUCAGAUCCAUAAGUCCGAAAUCAAUUGACGAGAACCUUCUACUCCACCCAGUCAUACACCCAGAACGUAGAACACCGGCAAUACUGCAAGAUAAAUUGCCAGAAAAUAGAAUAUUAAUUUCACCAGUCUACAAUAAUACAGAGCCAGAGCUUUUUAAUAUAAGCCCCGUCUCGGAUGCUGAGCCGCUGUCCGAUGAUGACCUAGCACUAGGUGCUUCGGCCAGUCCCACCCUCAUGGGUCCAGGCUACGACUUCAGCACAGUUGGAGUAUCUGAAGGUGGCAGCUCAAGUGCCGGUGAUGGUGGCGAUGGGAACGGUGAACGGUCCGAUGUUGUAGUUGUCGGACAGGGGCACGAGCCAGCUUGGUCUAGUUUCUAUAGGCGCAAAUACGGAGGUGAUGAUUUGGGUUCGUUGAAGAAUGUAUCAACAGCUGCCGACUUUGUGGCUCUGGCCACAACCGAGACUGAUAAUGGUACUGGAGUUUCCCCUCGUCUCAAUGGCGGACCACGUGGCUAUGUGGGUCUGGUCAAUCAGGCUAUGACGUGCUAUCUGAAUAGCUUAUUGCAGGCGCUCUUCAUGACACCCGAAUUUCGCAAUGCGCUCUAUCGCUGGGAAUUUGACAACGAUAACGAAGCCAAGAAUAUUCCCUAUCAGCUGCAGAAGCUCUUUCUCAAUCUGCAGACUUCACCUAAGCCCUCGGUGGAGACGACAGACUUGACUCGUAGCUUUGGUUGGGACUCAACUGAGGCUUGGCAGCAGCACGAUAUUCAGGAACUUUGUCGAGUCAUGUUCGACGCCUUGGAGCACAAAUUCAAAAAUACCAAACAGGCAAAUCUCAUCUCUACACUCUACGAGGGCAAGAUGAACGACUAUGUGAAGUGUUUGGAGUGCAAUACGGAGAAGACCCGUGAGGAUACGUUUUUAGACAUCCCUCUCCCGGUUCGUCCUUUUGGCAGCAAUUCUGCCUAUGGCAGCAUUGAGGAAGCAUUGCGAGCAUUUGUGCAACCGGAGACACUCGAUGGCAAUAAUCAGUACUUAUGUGAAAAAUGCAACAAGAAGUGCGACGCGCAUAAGGGUCUUAAGUUCAAGGCCUUUCCCUAUAUCCUGACUCUACAUCUAAAGCGCUUUGACUUUGACUACCAAACGAUGCAUCGCAUAAAGCUUAAUGACAGGGUAACGUUUCCGCAAACGUUGAACUUAAACAGUUUCAUUAGCCGUAGCGAGAACGCUGAGCAGUAUCAGUUAAAUGGGAGUGGUGUGACCAACAUUGACGAUUGCAGCACUGCGGACAGUGGCUCGGCCAUGGAGGAGGAUAAUCUAAGCAGCGGUGUCGUAACUACGGCCAGCUCAAGUCAACAUGAGAACGAUAUGAACGAUGAGGAUGAAGGCAUAGACAUGAGUACCAGUACCAACAAGAGUGCGCAUAUGGAACGCCUGAAGCAAGAGUCGGGGCCGUACAUCUAUGAACUGUUCGCCAUCAUGAUACACUCGGGCAGUGCAUCGGGCGGUCAUUACUAUGCGUACAUAAAGGACUUUGACAGCAACGAAUGGUUCUGCUUCAACGAUCAGAAUGUCAGCUCGAUUACGCUAGAGGAUAUACAGCGCUCCUUUGGGGGACCCAAUGGCAGCUACUACUCCAGCGCGUACACAUCCAGCACCAAUGCCUACAUGUUGAUGUAUCGCCAGGUGGACGCGAAGCGGAACGAGAAUGCAGCCAAGUGUGCUGACUUUCCGGAGCAUAUUAAGACCUUGCUGCCUAAAUUGCAUGCCGAGGAGGAUACGCGUGUAGCCCGCCUUGGACGCCACACAACUGUUACCGACCUGGCGUUACCAGAUCUGUACAAACCACGCGUGUAUUUUUACAAUCCAUCCCUUAAAAAGUUAAAAAUGACGCGCGUUUAUGUCUCGCAAAGCUUCGAUGUAAAUCUCGUACUAAUGUCCGCCUACGAAAUGCUCAAUGUGGAGCAGUUUGCGCCGAUAUCUCGCUGCCGUCUUGUCGCGUAUGAUUCAUCCACGGAGACGAUCAUACAGUCCCUAGAGAACUGCAGUGAUCCUGCGCUAACCGAAUUGCGUGCUGCGCAGGACUACAGUCUUGACUUCCUGCUCGAGUUCCGCGCCGAGGACCAACAAUUCGAGAUUUAUGAGACCAAUGGCACUACGUGGUAUGUGUAUGUCGUUGAUCUAGCAGCAAUGGCGAUGGACGGUCCCUUCCUGGUUUCCUCAGCAGCACGAGAUCAAAGCGACGUGCUGCGCCACUCAAUUGCGGUGCGUUUGCACAUUAAUGAGGAACAGUUUCUGCUUGCAACAGUGCGAGGCACGUACCGUAAGGCAUUCGUUGCCUAUGAUCCGCGACCCACGGCCGAGGCCCAACAGCAACUACAGAACAUGGCCAGCACACAAUUUAAAUAUCUCACAUACUUUUACUUGAACGUGCCUAACACAGAUGCGUCCACUUUGGAGAUACUGGGUGUGCCCACAAGUGAGGGGUCCGCAACACAAUCCACAGCCGAAACAUCUAAUGGUGGUGACGUGGUGGAUGCUGCCCUAAUGAAUGGCAGCCUCGACCGACAGACUGGCGGCGAUGCCUCCAAUGACUGUGAUUGGCGUCGCUACAAACGCGAUCAACCGCCGGCGACAAAUGCAACGGUGGCGGCAGCUCCUGGCGCUAUACCUGGCCACGAGUCGAACUCGGAGGACAGCAGUCUCAGCGACGGAGACCGUACUCUUGUGGAAUCGAUGCAAAAUCGUGGCGGUGGCGACAGUCAGGUCUCAUCUACCAGCCAUUCACCUCAGCUCUCAAGUCCUGAGGAUGAAGCAGCUUCCCAUGACGCCAUGAUGCGAGUACAAGCCUACUGCAAUGGAAAUAGUUAUGCGGAUGUGGAUCCCAGUUGUCUACCGCCUCCUACCAUACCGCACUUCUUUUAUGCUUGCAAGAUCGACUGCGUCGAUGCGGCCAGCAGCAGCAACACAACCUCGGGCCACCAGUCUGACGAUGAGGCGGCUCUGCGGAAACCCACGCGCUCCUUUAAGUUACUUGUGGGAACCCAGAUGCGCAUGGGUGCCUUUAAGAAGCACAUUGAGCAGCUGAUACGCAUUCCGGGCGCGUAUUUCAGACUGCAGCGGAAGCACGAAAACACAAUCUCCAAUAGUCUAAAUAACUCGCUGGUCUUCCUAAAUGAGGGCGAGACUUUGACAGUGGAAUUGGGCAAAACACUGCAAGCAGAUGAAUACAAGGCUAAAAUUUUUUUCAUGCGAUUGUCCGAUUUGGACAAUGAGACCGCCAAACUACCGAGCGUCUGCGAAUGGGUUUACAAUACAACAACCACAGUGGAGGCGGCCAAGCAAGAAUUGGUGGGCAAAAUGCAUCGCAUCGAUGCCAAAUAUGCGACGCUGACUGUGGCCAAUUGCCGCAUUUGGCUAAAGGGCGGCAGAUGUCCCAUUAAAAUACUAGCUAACGAUGAGACGCUAUCCUGCGAUAUGCGCACAAUCAUCACACCGGAGUUCAUUAUUCAAGAGUGCGAGGAGGGAGUCAAUCCUCAGCCAAAGGAUGAUGCGUUAACCAUAUUUGUGCGCCGCUGGUAUCCAGAUAAAUGGGAAUUUGGAAAAUUCCAGGAAAUCACCAUUGAUAAGGACAGUGAGAUUAGAAGUACUCUCUCACAGAUUUGCGACAUACCUGUAGACAACAUAAGCUACAUGAAGGUCAAUACCAACUUCCCCUGCACAAGUAUAUCGGCGAUGAGCGUCAAUGAGGAAAUGCGCUGGUGUUCGGUGCCGGCCACUCUAGACGUCUACCCGUUAACCACAACACUGACUGGCAACAUGUAUUUAUACAAAGAUAUCAAGGUACCCGUGCGCGAACUCUCGCUUGAGGAGCGCCGUCAGCUGAGCGCCAAGGAAAAGGCUCGCCUUGACCGCUUGGGUUGCAUUUCAACAACGCGCUACUCACAACGGCGCGAACGAGCGCUCAAAAUUUAUUUAGACUCGCCAGAAAAAACGAGCAAUGUCACCGCCUCAGCGCCCAUGGAUGCAUACGCGAAUUAGAUGUAUCGAGUCUUCAUUAUUUCUACUGCUAUUGGAUGUGGUACAAAAAACCUCUUCAAAUACAGACUUGUAUACAAUUAGCCGCGAAUAACCAACUCACGCAAAAACCUACAUUUAUUUGAAGUACGCAUAGAAAUAAACCGCAGAUUGGAAAUUGAAAGUCGCCUGUUUUAGUUUAGUUUCAUCUCAAGUCACAAUAAUCGUUGUUUAAUUUUGUCGGCUGGCGCAAAGGACGACGGGCAUCGCUUCAAUUGCACACAUUGCACAGCGGUCAAUAAAUAAUUAAUACAUUUUAAUCUUGCUCCUUUCGUAAUUUCAUACAAGAGUUCAAAGAAGAGACUGUAAACCUUAUUAAAAUACAUAUGCACGACAACAUAAUUGUAAAAUGUGAAAAUCUAAACUAAAUUUACAAAAUCAGUAAAAAUAAACCCAAAAAAUUAUAAA